AUGCAACUCCGAACGCUGGAAAUGUCUGGUGCUGACUGCGCGAUGUCGUCAAGCAGCCUGGUUCAGUCAGCCAGUGGCCUCGUGGAAGAGGUCCAAAUCAAAGUUGGCGGUGUCGAGUAUCUCUUGAUCCCAAACCCAGAGAACUUUCUCAGCUUCGACGAUGGCAAUGCUCCGGUGCUGCUUCUGGUGUACGUGACUGAGCCAGGCCAGACCAUCUCCAAAUCCACACUCCGCGACUUCCGUACCACCACUCUCGAUCCGGAUGACGUCUUCCAACCCGAGUUUUUCUGCAAUGUCGUCUUCUACGGAAGCAAGAAAGAUGACCUUCAUAUCGACCCUGAUGUUCUUGAAGAGCUGGCUGCGUGGAACACCAAGACAUCGACAUAUGUUGAAGGCCACCCAGCAGCCAAAGUUGCUCCAGGGCCGUACAUUUUCGCCAAAGGGAAGACUUGGCAACCGUGGAGGGUCUACUACGACUUCAACGCAGCCUUCAUGACCGCAUUCAAGCCUUCGCCAGAUAGCUCCGGAAGAUGA